AUGAACACCACUCCAGAACAAAUCCUCGAUAUCGAGGACGCUCUGGUUUCCGACGAGAAUCCAGCCCAUGAUGACGACACCCUCGAUUAUGAGCGUUGUGCCAGACUACAUAAUUACCUGGUCGCAUAUGGCUGGAUGGCCCGCCAUGGAAGAAACACACCCGACCUCGAUGCGCUAGGCAGAGAAAGGUGGUUCUUUAGGCAACCAGCUGAAGAUAUAGACGCUAUACGUGAGCGUCUGGACUCGCCCCUGAACUCUUUCCUGGAUUUAAUCUAUGAUCCUGAGCCGUCAUUCUUCUACUGGGUUAACGGUCUUGAGAUGAGACUCUGCGAUGAAUCAUUCCCUUUUGAAGACAACGAGCUGGAGGAUGAAGGGAAAGAGCGAUUCGUGGUGAUUUAUGACACUGUUCCAGAACUGGGCUCGCAUUGUCUCGGCGUUCUUUAUGAUCAGCAGCUCAAUCGGGCCUCGUUCCCGAUGACCUUAGAGAAUUCGGAAAGUGUGGAGCCUGUCGACGAACACGAGGAGAUGUGGUUCCCCCUGGAGACUAUUCUCACACACUGGAUCUAUAUGAUUCGCCUGGGCAGGGUUGUUCCUGGGCUGCCUGAGUGCAAUUCGACGUCAAGGUCGCAAAUUGGUCUAUGGUCGUGGCUUCCCUAUUGCAAUGCCCAGAUUAAUAGCACCAUAGCUGCUAUGGAGCACUACUCAGAUACAGUCGAAUCUCGGAUGCCUCCUGAAUCACUUUUACCUAUCUCUGCACCCCUCUUUACCGACCAGGACCUUGAUGUAGCUUCCGUGCCGAAGGACUGCUUUAUUCGUAAAUUCUUAAUCAGAGUCAAGACCCCGCGUUUCAAGUUUAUCGCGCCUGGCCUACAGGUCCCACAUGAUAAAGAGGAGUUUGCGAGGUUGCAGAGAUUUACCACACUACCCUACGAAGAGGACUGUGUUCCAGCAGUCCUACUAUUUCCAACUCCAGACCGGACGGUGAAUCUCAACUUGGAAAUGAAAUAUUUAUUCUCCCAAGCAAGUGGGAAUGUAACCAUGAACGAGGGUGAUCCUGUCCCUACGGGACUCUACAGUGAACCUCUGCUUCGAAAUUAUCAUGAUACGGAGGAGGCAGGCUUCCGCCUCCUUCUUCCAUUUGCCCUACGACCUGAUUUUAGAGACAAAGAAGGGGCUAGGAUGAGUGAUGGGAGAUUAGUGGAAUCGGGCUCAUUCACGGAACUCUUUCAACAUGGCUGGUUUCAUCCGUUUGGAGGCGAACGUCGGUCGCAGAGGCUGGAGAGGCUUUUUGAACGAUGGACAGAGCUGAUUGAAAAUGGUGUAUGGACAGUGGGUGAAAAUGGUGUCGAGGGAGGGAUUGAUAAAUUCCGAGAUGCGGAUAAUGGCAACGGGGCCUGGAGAGAUUAUUGGAUCGCACCGGAUUGGUGA